AUGACCGGCGAUGCUCGCGCCACGUCCAGCGCGUCGCCUUCCAUCUCGACGCCACCUACCAGCCUCGGCGACGAAGCCAGCGUCAUGUCCGAGAUGACGAAGAUCGAACAAGCUGUCGAAGUGUACGAGGAGGCUCCGGGCCUCCAAAUGCUCGGCGAGACCUCAGCGUCCGCGCAAACCACCACGCCCGACGCCGUCAACAACGAGGCCCGCCGCCCUGCUAGGAGCUCGCGCAAGUCCGUCACCACGUACAACGUGCAGAUUCUCGCCGGAACUGCGAUUCAUACGCCGACCAAAUACCUUGAGAAGCACCACAAGAAUGUCGUGCACGGCUCUCUUGAGGAGCUCGCGAGGAAGGAGAAAGCCACACCCAUGCGAAAGAAGAUGCUGAAGCGGAAGUCUGACAUGACUGAUGCCAGCGAUCAGGUCGAGGAUCAGCUGGCUGCCGAAGCCGCCCAGGCAGCACGACGUCGCACCUCCUCUCGCGUGACGGACCUUCGCAAGGAGGUCCUCCGCAAAAGCGGUGUCGGCGAUACCGUCGCAAGCAUGUACUCAGGGGGAAAGGCUUUCGUUAAAAGCACUUUACGGCGCAGUACUUCGGAGCCAUCCUUCAAAUCCGGCCAAUCAGCUUCCCCCGCGGCUUCUCUCAAGCGGUCUCGCGAUGCCCUUGAGGAUGGAGACGCAGAUAGCCAAGACCAGGAAGGAAAGAUCUUCUCGCAGCCCAAGUCGAAAGUCUGGCUUAAGCAAGGUUUGUAUGUUGGCCAGGAUCGCGACUUUGAUCCUCGUCUCUCCGAAAGCCAGAACCGCGCAAAGAAGAGGGCCAAGAAACCAUGGCAGGCCACAAUCUUGCCCCUCCCGAUUUUUGCCUGCGAACGUCUAUUGAACGAGGACCCCAAACAUGUAUUCCGGGAUUUCAAAUUGCCAUUCGAUACUUACAGCCCUCUACCCAGAAAGGUUAAGGUCGACGGCUGGGUCAAACUCAACAAAAAGCUCAAGAAGCGUGCAAAAGGCAACCGUUAUGACUAUGGUGUGGAAGUUCUCGAUACAAAAGACCGAGGGUUCGGUGUUCGUGCUAUGCGAACGUUCGAGCCACACCAGAUCAUCGUAGAAUAUGCUGGAGAGAUCAUUACCCAGUCUGAAUGCGAGCGACGCAUGAAACAGGUCUACAAGAAAGACAAGUGCUAUUAUCUCAUGAGCUUCGACAACAAAAUGAUCAUUGAUGCGACUCGUGGGACUAUUGCUCGAUUCGUUAAUCACUCGUGUGAACCCAACUGCGAGAUGAUCAAGUGGACUGUGGGUGGAGAGCCUCGGAUGGCGCUGUUCGCCGGUCCCCGCGGCAUCAUGACUGGCGAUGAGCUGACCUACGAUUACAAUUUUGAUCCGUUUUCCCAAAAGAACAUUCAGGAAUGCCGCUGUGGUACUGAAUCAUGCCGUGGGGUCCUCGGUCCCAAGCCAAAGAAACCCAUUGAAGAGAAGUCAAUAGCCUCAGUGCUCAUCACAGGCACGAAACGCAAGCUGCAGGAUUUGCUCGGUCCUCGAAGGCAUGGUUCUGAAAGCACCCAAAGCUCCCCCAAGAAGCGCAGGAUGCUUGCAGGCAACUCAGCUAGCGCCAAGGCGAAAAAUGCUGUCGCUCGAUUGGAGUCUGCUCGUGAGCGAGUCGAGAGGGAAGCAGAUGCGCUGUCGCGUCAGAAUGCAUCCCGCGAAAACCGCGCUUUAAAGCGAUCAAGUUCCGGAACUCUUGAUAAACGUACGAGAUCAGCUAAUCUCCGGACGGCAAAGCCAUUUACCGUCAAAUCUACCCGACACACAACCGUCAGCUUUCAAAGGAAGGUUACUAGGCCUGGUGCACUGAAGAAGGUCAAGAAGCCUACUCGACCACUGUCAAGCAGAAAGGCACUUCGCUCCCAACGACCGAGCACGCCAAAUCGAGAAACGAGCACUGAGGUACUGGAUUCAGAGGAUAAUGCUUCACCAAACAUAACCCCUGCAUCUUUACGCAGCGCUUCUAAGAAAUCGCCUUACACCAGCCCUGUCUCACGAGAGCCUCUUGCAAAGGGCGCCACGACUGCAGUGAAAGACCAUGUUUCACACAAACCUUCGGUACGGAGCCUACGAGGAAGGUGA